AUGGUCUGGAACGAACAGCCAUUCCCAGCCCCGGGUGACGGCGACAUUGUAAAUAACAUGCAUGAACCUGACCCAGACCUGCUGGCUGGCGAGAGCGCGGAGUACGAGACCGAGGACAGCGUUGUGUCCCCCAUCCCCAUGGGGCCGCCGUCCCCCUUCCCCACCAGCGAGGACUUCACCCCCAAGGAGGGCUCGCCGUACGAGGCCCCCGUCUACAUUCCUGAGGACAUUCCCAUCCCGCCAGACUUUGAGCUCCGAGAGUCCUCCAUCCCGGGGGCCGGCCUGGGGGUCUGGGCCAGGAAGAGGAUGGAGGUCGGGGAGAGGUUUGGCCCGUACAUGGCGGCACCGCGGGCCACGCUGAAGGAGGCCGACUUCGGAUGGGAGCAAAUGCUGGCUGAUACGGAAGUGGAAGUGUCAUCCCAGGAGGUCUGCAUCCAGAAGAUCUCCGAAGACCUGAGCACUGAGAAGCUCUGCAUGGACGCUGCUCCCGCGGGGUCCGGCAGCUGGCUCAAGUACAUCCGGGUGGCCUGCUCCUGUGAUGACCAGAACCUCACCAUGUGCCAGAUCAAUGAGCAGGUCAUUUAUUAUAAAGUCAUCAAGGACAUCGAGCCUGGGGAGGAGCUGCUGGUGCACGUGAAGGAAGGCACCUACUCCCUGGGGACGGUGCCCCCCAGUCUGGAUGCGGGGGAGCCCACGUUCCGCUGUGACGCCUGUGACGAGCUCUUCCAGUCCAAGCUGGACCUGCGGCGCCACAAGAAGUACGCGUGCGGCUCCGUGGGGGCCACGCUCUACGAGGGCCUGGGCGAGGAGCUCAAGCCAGAGGGGCUCGGCGGCGGGGGCGGCGAGCAGGCCCACGAGUGCAAGGACUGUGAGCAGAUGUUCCCCAACAAGUACAGCCUGGAGCAGCACAUGGUUGUGCACACCGAGGAGCGGGAGUACAAGUGUGACCAGUGUCCGAAGGCCUUCAACUGGAAGUCCAACCUCAUCCGCCACCAGAUGUCCCACGACAGCGGCAAGCGCUUCGAAUGUGAAAACUGUGUGAAGGUGUUCACGGACCCCAGCAACCUGCAGCGGCACAUCCGCUCCCAGCACGUGGGCGCCCGGGCGCACGCCUGCCCCGACUGCGGCAAGACCUUCGCCACGUCCUCGGGCCUCAAGCAGCACAAGCACAUCCACAGCACCGUCAAACCUUUCAUAUGUGAGGUCUGCCACAAAUCCUACACACAGUUCUCCAACCUGUGCCGCCACAAGCGCAUGCACGCCGACUGCCGCACGCAGAUCAAGUGUAAGGACUGCGGGCAAAUGUUCAGCACUACCUCCUCCCUCAACAAGCACCGGCGGUUCUGCGAGGGCAAGAACCAUUACCCGCCGGGCGGCAUCUUCGCCCCGGGCCUGCCCCUCACCCCCAGCCCCAUGAUGGACAAGGCGAAGCCCCCGCCCAGCCUCAACCACACCGGCCUGGGCUUCAACGAGUACUUCCCGUCCCGGCCGCACCCGGGCAGCCUGCCCUUCUCCGCAGCGCCCCCCGCCUUCCCUGCGCUGGCCCCCGGCUUCCCGGGCAUCUUCCCUCCGUCUCUGUACCCCCGGCCACCUCUGCUACCUCCCACGCCACUGCUCAAGAGCCCGCUGAGCCACACCCAGGACGCCAAGCUGCCCAGCCCCCUGGGGAACCCGGCCCUGCCCCUCGUCUCCGCCGUGGGAAACAGCGGCCAGGGCGCCACGGCCGCCGCGGGGCCUGAGGACAAGUUCGAGCGCCGCCUGGAGGACUCGUACGCUGAGAAGCUCAAGACGCGGGGCAGUGACAUGUCCGACGGCAGCGACUUCGAGGACGUCAACACCACGACCGGGACGGACCUGGACACGACCACGGGCACGGGCUCAGACCUGGACAGUGAUGUGGACAGCGACCGGGACAGGGCCAAGGCCGAGAGCAAGGCGGCAGAGGGCAAGCCCGAGUGCGGGGGCGGCGCGGCCCCCCCGGGCGCCCCGGACCGCGUGGGCGAGGUGCCCGUCUUCUACUCCCAGCACGCCUUCUUCCCGCCGCCCGACGAGCAGCUGCUGGCGGCCUCGGGCGCCGCGGGCGACUCCAUCAAGGCCAUCGCCUCCAUCGCGGAGAAGUACUUCGGGCCCGGCUUCGUGGGCAUGCAGGAGAAGAAGCUGGGCUCGCUGCCCUACCCCUCCGUCUUCCCCUUCCAGUUCCUGCCCAACUUCCCCCCGGCCCUCUGCCCCUUCGCCGACCGCUCCCUCGCCCACAACUUGCUGGUCAAAGCCGAGCCACGGUCGCCCCGGGACGCCCUCAAGGUGGGCGGCCCCAGCGCCGAGUCCCCCUUCGACCUCACCACCAAACCAAAAGAGGCAAAGCCCGUGCUGCCCGCGCCCAAGGCGCCCCCCGCGCCGGCGUCCGGGGAGGAGCCGCUGGACCUGAGCAUCGGCAGCCGCGUCCGCGCCAGCCAGAACGGGGGGGGCCGGGAGCCCCGCAAGAACCACAUCUACGGGGAGCGAAAGCCGGGGGCCGCGGAGGGGCUGCCCAAGGCGUGCCCGGCACAGCUGCCCCAGCAGCCCUCCCUGCACUACGCCAAGCCCUCGCCCUUCUUCAUGGACCCCAUCUACAGGGUAGAGAAGCGGAAGGUGACAGACCCCGUGGGAGUCCUGAAGGAGAAGUACCUGCGGCCGUCCCCUCUGCUUUUGCACCCCCAGAUGUCAGCCAUCGAGACCAUGACAGACAAGCUGGAGAGCUUCGCGGCCAUGAAGGCGGAAGCAGGCGGCUCCCUGCAGCCCCUCCCCCACCACCCCUUCAACUUCCGGUCCCCAGCGCCCACGCUCUCGGACCCCAUCCUCAGGAAGGGCAAGGAGCGGUACACGUGCAGGUACUGCGGCAAGAUCUUCCCCCGAUCAGCAAACCUCACGAGACACCUGAGGACGCACACCGGGGAGCAGCCGUACAGGUGUAAGUACUGCGACCGCUCCUUCAGCAUCUCCUCCAACCUGCAGCGGCACGUCCGGAACAUCCACAACAAGGAGAAGCCCUUCAAGUGCCACCUGUGCAACCGCUGCUUUGGGCAGCAGACCAACCUGGACCGGCACCUCAAGAAGCACGAGCACGAGCACGCCCCAGUGAGCCAGCACUCCGGGGUCCUCACAAACCACCUGGGGACCAGUGCCUCCUCCCCCACCUCCGAGUCAGACAACCAUGCACUUUUAGACGAGAAAGAAGACUCCUAUUUCUCUGAAAUCAGAAACUUUAUCGCCAAUAGUGAGAUGAGCCAAGCAUCAGCGCGAACAGACAAAAGGCCGGAGGCCCCGGACCUGGACGCCAACUCCCAGUGUCCGGGCUUGGCCAGCGCGAAGCCAGAGGACGUGGAGGAGGAGGAGGAGGAGGAGGAGGAGGAAGAUGACGACAGUCUGGCGGGCAAGUCCCAGGACGACACCGUGUCCCCCACGCCUGAGCCCCAGGGUGCCUACGAGGACGAGGAAGACGAGGAGCCGCCCGCCUCCCUGGCCGUGGGCUUCGAGCACACCCGAAGGUGUAUUGAGGAGGAGCCAGGCGGUCUGUUAGCUUUGGAGCCGAUGCCGACUUUUGGGAAGGGGCUGGAUCUGCGCAGAGCAGCUGAGGAAGCGUUUGACGUUAAAGAUGUGCUUAAUUCCACCUUAGACUCUGAGGCUUUAAAGCAGACCCUGUACAGGCAGGCUAAGAGCCAGGCGUAUGCAAUGAUGCUGUCCCUUUCCGAGGAGGCCCCUCUGCACACCUCCUCCCAGAGCCCUCUGGACGCUUGGCUGAACAUCACGGGAGCCGCGCCGGAGUCCGGAGCCUUUAACCCCAUCAACCACCUCUGACGGGCCCAGGAUGGGCUGGGGUCUGAGUCCAAGCAAGGCAGCCGUGGGGCCCCGACGUCCCAACAGAAAUCCCGGCUGCGGAAGAUGGAGAAGUGAGCCUCGGGGAGCGGCGUGGCCCGGGCCGGAGAGAACCCCCGUCACCUGCGUUGACCACUCCUCAGCACCCACCCCCCACACACCAUGGUUCAGCUCUAACUUUUCCAAUGAGAACUCAGAACCCAGGAGUCGCUGAGCGGUCCUGGAGCCCCACCGUCUGAGAACUGGUCUUAAGAACGGCCGGAAGUGGUUCCGGAAAUGGUACAGCACACGGCCAGCCACGUGCAGCCUGCGGGAGCUGCUCCCAGAACCGACCCGGUGGGCGGGGACGGGAGUGCGACCCCAGCUGACGCCACAGCCGGGUCACCUCGGGCACCUGCUGGAGUCUCGGAAAGGAACAGGCGGCCUCGGGUGUGCUCUGGAAAGGGCGAUCGCCCCGCCGAUUUUUAUAACGAGAAUGACAAGAGUAACCCUUUUGGUAAUCUUAUUGACGACAGAGUCUAUUUAAGCAUGUGGUUUUGAAAAUAGACAGUAUUUUUUACAAAAUCAAAAAAUGACUUGCAAAUUGUUUUUUAAAAAGUAAUUUUGCAUUGCUUUGAAAUCUCAGCUCACUUGCAAACCCAAACUGGGAACUGGUACCGUGUUUGGGCGUGUUCUUUAUACUGCAGAUAACGGAGAAAUUUUCUAUCCCUGACCGUGUUUGUAAAGCCGUGAUUCUGGGGACGCCCCCCACCCCCGCAGCACCAAGGGGCCCGGGGCGCUCUCCUGGGAGCAGUUUCAGACUGGACCUCGGAAUCCUUAGACGUGAUAUCCUGGGCCGGCCCACAACCGGCAGGCGUGUGUGGCGCGCAGUUCAUGCCUGUGGCCCCUCCGAUCAUAUGGGGAAGGCGGGAGGGGCGGCUCUGGUCCCCUGUGCAGGGGUGGGCCUGGCAUCCACGGCCCUGCCCACGCGGCCUGCGCGUCGGCCACACCCCCGCCAGCUCCCCCCACCACUCUGCAGAUGGGCGCCCUGCCGGCCACACCCAGGUCUCCGGCCCCCCUCACCCACGCCGUCAGACGGACAAGGGGGGAGGGGGCAUCCCCUGUGGCCGCCGUGGGGGGCGCUCUGCGGCUCCCCGGCCCCAGGCCGCCCGCCAGGCUCUGCACCCACGCGAGCCUGGGGCUCCGGGACACGACUACCAACUGCUCCGGCACGGCUCCCCGGCGGACCAGCCCCGCUCCAGGAUGGACAGACGGACAGGCGUCCGGGCGGGACUUGCCGCGGAACAAACACAGCACAGCCCGGUCGGGACGGGUCUGCUUCUCCAGCCGGGUGGGCUUUAAGUUAUUCCCGUAGGGGCCAACUUCAAAUCAUAAUUUGUUUCCCUGAUGGAAUUUACCUUAAUCUGUAUAUAACUUGUAAUUUUUUCUAAUUCAUUUCUUUUCUUAUUUUAUUUCUUCC